GUGUCGUGCUGGGUGAACUCUGAGUAAAAUAAUUUCUGAAGCUUAUAUCAAGCACUCAUGAAUGUCCAGACGACUUCUGCAAUUUAAAGUAGCUUUCACCAAAGUUGGGAUUCCAAGAGUUUUGAAAAAUUCACAUCCAGAAUGUCAGUGUGCCUUUUCUUCUCCUUCAUCCCGUCGUCUUUUCUGUUGGCAGUACCGGAGCAUGAUCGCAAGAUGCAAAAAACCGUUUAAUUUCGCCGCCAUUGGCGCCAUUUCAGCAUCAGUAUCUUCACAAAUCGCCUCGUUUCGGUGAGAACUUGGUGACAUUUUAGCGCAUAUAGUGUUAGUGCGAAUGUUUGAGGAUAUUUAUUACUCAACUGGAUGCAAUUCCAGGUGUAAUUUUGAAUCCCCUUAAGCCCAGGUGUCCCUGACCUCUGCGGUUUCCAUCGUGCCCACUACCUCCUCAACCUACUCUAAGAUGGAUGGUGAUUACCUUAAUGGAGGGGGCAGCGGCUCCGAAGAUGAGGUUGUACAAGCUAAACCGAAAGGGAAGAAAAUGAGCGUGGAAAGAAUUUAUCAGAAAAAAUCACAGCUGGAACACAUUUUGCUUCGACCGGACACAUAUAUUGGUUCUGUGGAGUUCGUGAAAGAACCCAUGUGGAUUUACGAUGAAGAGGAAAACAGAAUGAUCCAGAAAGAGAUUUCAUAUGUCCCUGGUUUGUACAAAAUAUUCGAUGAAAUCCUCGUCAAUGCUGCUGACAAUAAACAGCGCGACCCCAAGAUGGACAGAAUAAAAAUCGACAUCAGUCAAGAAGAUAACACCAUCACCAUAUACAACAAUGGUCAAGGUAUUCCUGUUGUCGAACACAAGGAUGAAAAAAUGUAUGUUCCAACCAUGAUUUUUGGUCAUUUGCUCACGAGUUCCAACUACAAUGAUGAGGAAGAGAAGGUCACAGGAGGUAGAAACGGUUUCGGAGCUAAACUGUGUAACAUCUUCUCAACAAAGUUUACUGUAGAAACAAGUUCUCAGGAUUAUAAAAAAUGUUUCAAGCAGACGUGGACCUCUAACAUGACAAAAACAUCAGCACCCCAAAUUAUUGCAUCAAAAGGUGAAGAUUACACAAAGAUUAAAUUUUCACCAGAUCUCACCAAAUUUAAGAUGGAUAAAUUAGAUGAUGAUAUCGUUGCAUUAAUGAAGCGGCGAGCAUAUGAUGUUGCUGCAACAACUGGGGGUGUUAAAGUGGUCCUCAAUGGCAAACUUUUACCGGUGAAAAGUUUCAAAGAUUAUGUCGACCUUUAUGUCAGAAACCUGACGGAUGAUUCUGGCAACGCUCUGAAGGUAGUGCAUGAAAAAUGCGGUCCUCGAUGGGAAGUCGCAAUUACGGUCUCGGACAAAGGAUUCCAGCAAAUGUCAUUUGCUAACAGCAUUGCAACAACAAAGGGCGGAAGACAUGUGGAUCAUGUUACAGAUGUCAUUUGCAAGCAGCUCAUGGAAGUAAUCAAGAAAAAGAGCAAGGGGACAGCUGUUAAACCUCAUCAAGUCAAGAAUCACAUGUGGGUCUUUGUCAACUGUCUGAUCGUUAAUCCAACUUUCGACUCACAGACAAAAGAGCACAUGACGCUUCAAGUGAAGAGCUUCGGUUCGAAACCCACCAUCAGCGAGAAAUUUUUUACUGCUGUGAACAAAGUUGGAAUCGUGGACAUGGUCCUAGCCUGGUCUAAAUUCAAAGAACAAAAUGCCCUUGGAAAAACAAGUGGGAAAAAACAGUCUAAACUAAAAGGUAUACCCAAACUUGAAGAUGCUAAUGAUGCCGGUACGAAAAACUCCAUUGACUGCACCUUAAUCCUGACAGAAGGAGACUCGGCCAAAGCACUGGCUGUUUCUGGACUCGGUGUUGUCGGUCGUGAUAGAUAUGGAGUGUUUCCACUCCGUGGUAAACUCUUGAACGUUCGAGAAGCCACUACAAAGCAGGUCAUGGAAAACAACGAAAUCAGCAGCAUUGUGAAAAUUCUAGGGUUGAUUUACAAGAAGAAGUACGAAACAACAGAUGACCUCCGGACCUUGAGAUACGGCAAAUUAAUGAUCAUGACAGAUCAAGAUCAGGAUGGGUCUCACAUCAAAGGGCUCAUCAUUAACUUUAUCCAUCACAACUGGCCUGGGCUACUUCGCUUACCGUUCCUUCAAGAAUUUAUCACACCCAUUGUAAAGGUGAAGAAAAGCAGAGAAACCCUAUCUUUCUAUUCACUGCCAGAAUUUGAAGAAUGGAAAGCUGCAACACCAAACUUUAACACGUGGAACAUCAAAUACUACAAAGGUUUGGGAACUUCAUCCUCUGAUGAAGCAAGAGAAUAUUUUUCCAACAUGAAUCGGCAUAGAAUUCUGUUCAUUUAUCGUGGACCAGAAGAUGACGCUCACAUCACUAUGGCGUUCAGCAAGAAAUUGGUAGAUUCCCGUAAAGAAUGGCUCACAAACUGGAUGUCUGACUGUAAACGCAGGCGUGAAAUGGGUCUGCCAGAAGACUAUCUGUACGAGAAAGAUACGCGAGCAGUUUCUUAUCAAGAUUUCAUCAACAAAGAAUUAGUUUUGUUCAGUAAUAUGGACAAUGAGCGUUCUAUUCCAUCAAUGGUGGAUGGUCUUAAACCAGGAUCACGGAAAGUCUUGUUUACAUGCUUCAAACGUAAUGAUAAGAAAGAAGUGAAAGUAGCACAAUUAGCUGGUAGUGUAGCCGAGCACAGUGCGUAUCAUCAUGGUGAAAUGUCAUUGACCUCAACCAUUGUUAACUUGGCUCAGAAUUUUGUUGGCUCUAAUAACAUUAAUCUCUUAAUGCCCAACGGUCAGUUUGGUACAAGGCUGCAAGGAGGUAAAGAUGCAGCCAGUCCCCGUUACAUUUUCACCAUGUUAAGCCCGUUAGCAAGAUACAUAUUUCAUCCGGACGAUGACCCAUUACUCACUUAUCUUCGUGAUGACAACAAAAGGAUUGAGCCAGAAUGGUACAUCCCCAUCAUUCCAAUGGUCUUAGUUAAUGGUGCAGAAGGUAUCGGCACUGGUUGGAUGACAAAAAUACCCAACUAUAACCCCCGUGAAAUUGCGGCAAAUUUAAAGCUUAUGAUUAAUGGAGAAGAUCCGAAACCAAUGCUACCAUGGUACAAGAAUUUCAUUGGAAAUAUUGAGAACAUCGGUGAAUCUCGUUUCGUAACGACGGGUAUCAUUUCUCAAAUCAAUGAAGAUAAAAUUGAAGUUACUGAGUUGCCUAUUGGAGUAUGGACUCAGAACUACAAGGAAGGGACAUUGGAGGUGAUGCUAAAUGGAACUGAGAAAGAGAAGGGCAAGGAUGGAGAAAAAGAUAAGACUCCCCCACUCAUCACUGAUUACAAAGAAUAUAGCACAGAUACUAAAGUGAGAUUUUUAGUCAGUAUGAACAGGGACAUGUUCAUUCAUGCAGAAAAUGAAGGAUUCUUCAAAGUAUUCAAAUUGCAAAACACUAUCUCCACCUCAUCAAUGGUUGCAUUCGAUCGUGGAAAUUGCUUGAAAAAGUAUGAUACAGUGAUGCAAAUAAUGAGAGAGUUCUUCGAUGUAAGGCUAGAAUUCUACGAAAAGAGAAAGGCCUACAUGGAGGGCAUGCUCUUAGCUGAAGCCCAAAGGCUAAGCGACCAAGCAAGGUUCAUUUGCGAGAAGUGUGAUGGAGAUUUGCGAAUUGAGAACCGCAAAAAGAAGGAGAUGAUUGCUGAAUUAGUUAAAAGAGAAUAUCGGUCAGAUCCCGUCAAAGAGUGGCGAAAGAGACAGCAAAAGGAUGAAGAACAAGAAGAGGACGCUGAUCAGCCGGCAGAGACUGAAACAGCUCAAGGUGAUCAGAGGGACUAUGAUUAUCUUCUUGGUAUGCCCAUGUGGAAUUUGACCUAUGAAAAGAAAGAAGAACUUCUGAAGAAAGAAAAAGAAAAGAAAAUGGAGUUGAAAAUUUUACAAGAUAAAACUCCUCGCGAUUUAUGGCGUCAUGACUUGGACGUUUUCCUUGAAAAAUUAGAUGAAGUUGAACAAGAUGAAAUCAGAAAGGCUGAAGAAAACUUUGAUCCGAAAAAGAAAGGUAGUAAGAAAAAAGUAGCUCUGAAGGCUGAAGCUUUGCCUUCGCCGGCUGGCAAACGUAUAGAGUUCAAAAUCGAUGAAGAACUCAGAAACAAAGUCCGCAAACUUGAACAAGCCAAAGUCCUUGGAUCAAAGAAACGCGAGGCGAAAAAAGAAGCUGUGGAUAUUGAGAAGGACGAUUUUGAUUUACUUGUCGAAAACGGUUCCGAUAAACCUCUCGCAGCACGCCUGGGAACCUCACCAGAAAUGAUCGAAAAGAAAAUUCGAGCGAAGAAAGAAAAGGCUGUGAAAGCACCUAAAGCAGGUAAAGGUCAAUCUAAAAUAACAGAUACUUUCAAAGCUAAAAGCGCGUUUUCCGAUUCUGACAGUGAUGAUGGGAAGAAGAAAAAAGGCAAGAAAAAAGUAUCACCCAAGAAAAAAGGCAAGAAAUCAGCAUUUUCUGACUCUGAUGAUGAUUUGCUCAGUGAUGGCAGUGUUGCUUCCUUCCGAACAUCUCCAGUCUCUGUUCCAUCAAGAGCAACUGCCAGGCGCGCAGCUGCCAACAUUAAAUUCAACUUUGAUGAUUCAGAUGGUGAAGAAAAGCUUGAGAGUGAUGUUGAAGUGUAUGAUAAUAUUGCGGUCACUGCACCCUCCGCAAUCACCACUGUGACUAACGACAUUGCAAGCGACUUUUCUGAUAAGGGAAGCGACAGUGACUCAGAGCCUGCACCCAAGCCCAAAAAAGCUGCCCCCAAGAAACGUAAAGAAAAAGAAGAUAGUGAUUCAGAGCCAACCUAUAAGCCCAAAAAAGCUGCGGCUCUCAAGAAGAAAGCUGAAGAUGACUUCGAUAAGCUUUUGCAGUCCAGUCAAUCGAGUGCAAUGAGUAAGGAUGAAGAUAGUGGUGACGAAUUCGACAAGCUUUUGAAGGGAAGUGCACCCAUCUCAAAAGAAAAAGAGCCCGCUAAAAAACCUGCCACCUCAUACAAGUUCAGCGAUGAUGAGGAUGAUGAUGAUGUUCCUCUGAAAUCAGCAGCCCCAACUAAAGCUAAGGAUAGUGAUGAUGAGUUUGAGCCUGAUACAAGGCCGAAGAAGCCGGCCGCGGCUAGCAAGUACUACGAAGGCAGUGACAGUGAAAGUGAUUUCGAGCCUGCCCCCAAAUCAAAAAAACCUGCUGCCUCCAGGAAACGCAAGGACAGCGACAGUGAGUUCGAGCUGGAAUCGAAAUCUAAAAAGGCCAAGACGGGCAAGCGCAAGCUAUCCUCAGAUGACUCAGAUGCCGAUACUUUCAAGAGCACAAAGAAAGGUGGCGGAGCAAAGAAGAAGACUCUCUUCAGCAAAACCAAUAUUGCCGAUAAGCCGAAAAAGAAAGCAGCACCCAAGAAAAAGAAAUAUUCCGACUCGGAUUUCAGUGACUUUUAAAGAAGAUGCUGAAAUUCUCCGGUGAACAAGAAUGUAACAUCAGAGGUCCUUUUUUUAAUGGAAUUUUCUUGUUGUUUUUUUUUAAUUUAUUUGUAAAUAACUGUCCUUUUAAUCCUAUUAUGGAGAUCUUUGCUUGAUGUGAUUUAAACAAAGAAGCUUUAUUUUAGGUGAAUCAUUCUCUCUGUCCUCUAAAAGAAUCUUCCUCUCUAAUUUAAGAAGAUAAUGGAACAAUAAUGGAACACAGAAGCUUCCAUCUUUCUCCAAGUAUUUAUAACUACAUAUUGGUUUUUUUUGAUUCCUCCGUUAAUGUUCCUUUUCAUUGGCAUUAGCAAAUCUUGAUAACUGUCUCCUAAUUUUAAGCAUCUUUAGCUCUUUAGUGUUAGCUAUUUUUACAUUCGUCCCGUUUUUCCUAAGUGCUAAUGGAAACUAAGGUAUUUCAAACUCAUUUAAGUAACACAUAUUUUUGGUUAUUUCUAUUAGGAUUGGGCCAGGGUGGCCACCGCCACCUAGAAUCUUUCUUGAGUAUAUUUUACCUUAUUUUUUUGAAAAUUGAAAUGUUUUGCCGUAAUAGGGGGAAACAACUUCUAAAUCAAUUUCUGGACUUUCUUUGAAUUGCUGUACAGUUGCUAACUAAAUUUCAAGCGCUUCUGAUGUAGAAUAAUAGAUAGUCUAAUGGUCUUAAUUGUGAUAAUAUUGUACAUUUUAACUUUGCAUCCUGCACUCAAGGUCAAAGUCUAACUUUUUCUUUAGUGCUGAACAUUAUUUUGAGCAUGGAACAGAGCGUUAAUUUUGUGUAAAGAAAUUAUAUGAAACAUUUUAUUCAGCCAUUAGUCUCAGCUGGUGCAUUUAUCAAUGUACAACGUAGCAACCAAAGCAAGGUGGAAAAAAAAAGCAGACUGAAGUAUGAAAGCAUGUUAAAAUUGUAGACUUUUUUCCAAGUCAAUCAUUGUAAGUUAAGGACUACUUGCACUGAAUCUUUCUAAAAGUUAGGCCACAUGGAUCUCUUUUUUUUAAAGUUUUAAAUGAAAGUACGUAUGAAGUUUUCAUCUUUGGUUUUAUUUUCAAGAAGGAGGUACUUAUUCUAUUUUCAAUCUCACUGUUUUCUCUCCAUGUAUCAGAAAAACAAAUACAUUUUUUUAGAAACUCUGUACAUUACUCUGCGAACAUUCUGUAGAGAGUUGAAGUAAGCUAUUGGGCCUGUUGAAAUUACAUUUUCUGUACUGAAUUAAAUUGUAUGUGAAUGCUCCUAGUUAUGUUCAUAAAGGGACGACAUGUAGGUUUUUAUACAUGUAUGUAUUACGAAUCCUUCAUCACAUAAAUUUUUCUUAAAAUUCUGA